AUGGCGUUGUCCGGCAGCGGGGGCGAGGAGGAGGACUCGAAGGCGGCGGUGAAGGCCCUGCUGGUGACGAUCAAGGUGACGGGCCAGGAGAAGGUGGUCCGCCACACCAUGAGCAUGACUGACAAGCUCCAGGUCCUUCUGGACGUGUGGUACCACAAGGUGCCCCACGUGACAUACGGCACCGGCGUCUUCCUGUUCGACGGCCUGCGAGUGCGCGGCGAUAAUACCCCGGCGGACCUUGAGAUGGAGGACGGAGACAUCAUCGAUUUCUUCGAACACAUGGAUGGCGGCGUUCUAGCGUUCGUUGCUGGACAGAAUUAGUAUAAGAGUGUAUGUCUGGUCCAGAAUUUAUGUUCCUAGAUCUUAUUAGGAGGCGGUUUCUUGUGAGCGGCUCGAAAGUUGUUCUUCAAAUUAGGUUCGCCCAUCUGUUAAUUACUCUUCCUACCUGUUUCGUCCUAUGCUUG